AUGGACGAGGCCAAUGCUCACGCAUUUUGUAGUGAGCUUGACCGACUAGUUGCUGAAGAUCAUCCCUUCGAGCUACUAUUUGGUUACGUUGGACUACUGUACAUGAUCCGCGCGGUUGAAUCAUGGAGACCUGAAGUCGCAUCCUCCCUGACUCUCGUCAAAGCCCGGAUGGUGGAGAAGACUCUCGGCGCUGGGCCCGCGUGGGUCUUUCGGGGCAAGCGCUACAUCGGCGCCGUGCACGGAGACAUCGGCAUUUUGACCCAGCUCCUGUUGACAGACCCGAAACUUGCUAGCAACUCGAUGAUCAAAAGUUCUCUGAGACGACUGCUAAGUCUCCAGCGGGAAGAUGGCAACUGGACCACCAAAGAUGACGAUGAUAUUCGAUACGAAGGUCUUGUUCAAUUUUGUCACGGUGCUCCGGGGUUUGUCGACUCUCUAUUGCACAUCCGCCGCCUAUUCCCGGAUAUGCACGACAUCAUGGAUGAAGCCAUUGAACGCGGACAACAGGCAGGUGCUUCCUCCUGGGCCAAGGAGAAGCCAUUUUCUGGCAUGGGCCUUGCCGACGACUAUUGA